GAAGGACUUGUGAUAUCAUUGGAUUGUUGUGAUAUUUCUGCAGACCAUCCUUAUGGAAAUGCAAAAGAUAAUACAACAACAUGUUUUAAAAGAAUUGAUGAAAACAAUGCGCAUAAACAGGAGUUGAAAUGUUUGCCCACAAUACCAAUUCUCGUAAAUAUUGAUGUACAACGUUGCCUUCGUGAUAUUGACUGUCCAUCUGGAUCGUCAAUGUGUGUUUUACCAUAUACACCAAAAGGUUAUCCGAAACCUUUAAGAAUAUUUUAUAAAGAUGCACCAUGGGCUCAAGAAAAUAAUGAACAGGAGAAGCUUGUAUUAUAUCUUGGAGAACUUGUUGAUGUGUGGGAAAUUGUACAAGUUAGUAUCCUUCAACCCAGAUGGUCAUGGGUACCGACGUGGAUUCCAAUAUCUAUCGAGUUGAUUUUACGGUAUACUAUUUCUUUUUCACUUGCACUAGGUGUUCUUAACAUACUGCCAGCAUUUAAAUUAGAUGGGCAUUAUGCUUUAAUUGUACUAUUACUUUUUAUAUCCGGAGUUGAUUAUGACCUAGAUGAAGUUGUCUAUACGAGUAGUAAUAAACGUACAAGAAGAGGGCGAUUAGGAAAA